AUGAGCCUGGGACCUGGACUGGUGGGUUCUGAGCCCAAACCAGCGGACUUGCUACUGCACAGGAAGCGAUCCAGGAUAGCGGACCAGCUGAAGUUCCCGUCGGAGGGUGUGCCCAAGAACUGGAAGGGCAAGGACUGGCAGGCAUACAAGUUUGCGAUGCAGAUGGUGUUUCGUGAGGCGGAGCUCAUGGAGAUUGUCGAUGGGACGAUCACCAAGGUGACGCUGUCGGAUGCGGAGAGUGAGGAGAAGUUCGACAAGAAACAGACCAAGAUCAUGCGCUUGAUUGGGAUGUCCGUGCCGUCGGAGAUCUUGCACCAGAUUAGGGACAAGAUGACAGGCACGGAGAUGUGGGAGGCCUUAUGUGACCUGUUUGAGAACAAGGUGAAUAAAACUGUUAAGGCUCACACUAUUCGUCGCCUUCGUGAUGAACUCUGGACUGUGAAGUUUUCGCCGGGUGGAAAUAUGAACCUGCACUUGAGCAAGAUGUUCAAUAUCCGGACUGAGUUGCAGACAUUGCAGUAUGCAGUUGAUGAUAUUGACAUGGUUGAGAUGAUGCUGGAGAGCUUGCUGGCCCAAGCGGAGUUCGAGAGCCUGAAGUAG